AUGAGCCUCUCAUUUGGCGUUUUAUACAGGGAAAUGAGGAUAGAGUUCGGGUCAAGUCAGUCAGAAGCGGCCUGGAUCGCGUCUAUUUUCAAUGGAUUGCUGGGACUUGUAGGUAUUCCACUGAGUUUUAUUACUAACAAGAUAGGUGAGAGAUGGCCGGCGGUGUGUGGUUCGGUACUUCUAUCACUUGGCAUGCUGACAAGUAUGUUUGCAACCAAUAUAAGCAAUGUGUAUGUGACAUACGGGUUACUUGCAGGGUUAGGCGCUGGAACGUCACACUACUGCGGAUAUACUGUCCUGACACCUCACUUUGACAACAGAUGGCGCCCUGUGGCAAUGACUGUCGCUAGUGCUGGAAUUCCACUGAGUGCUUUGAUAUUACCGCCUGUCCUAACAAUACUGAUAGAACAAUUUGACUGGAGGAAAGCUUUCAUGUUUCUAGCAUGCUUAUCAUUGCUUGGGGUACCAGCAGGUCUUAGUUUCUUUCCACCGAAAUUACACAUAGACUCCGGGACAGAAUCAAGUGCUGGUUUGUGUAACAGUUACUUACAAUGCGCCAACAGAACAGCUGGAAGUUAUCUCUAUCAAGAUGUCUAA